AUGGCUCUUUGGGACUGCUUACUGCAGAGGGGAGUACCUGAGAAGUACACCAGCACUCUCCAUGCUAUUUACCAUCAAACUUCGGGCCGCGUGCGAGCAUACGGAGAAAUUUCACCCCCUUUCAGUAUCACUAGCGGUGUUAGACAGGGUUGCCCAGCCUCUCCACUCUUGUUCAACUUCACUAUGGACGUGAUCCUGGAUACUGCCCUGGAUAACUCUGAGUCCUGUGGUGUUGAACUGUCCCCUGGUGACCGCCUUCGGGACUUAGAAUACGCAGAUGACAUCGCUGUGAUUUGCGAGUCCUCCCAAGUCGUCCAGGAUGUGCUGCUCAGACUGGAGAUGUCCGCCGCUCAAUUUGGGUUGAGUUUGCCCCUUCCAAAUGUAAGGUCCUAUUACACGACUGACCAAGCGCAUGUCCAUCUCUCACCCUUUCGGAGCAUCCGUUGGAAGUGGUCGACAAAUUCAUUUAUCUUGGGAGUUGUCUUAGUAUUGGCG